UCCCCACACAAAAUUCUUGUUUCCUCUCGUUUUGCGAGGUGCCUAUACAAGGCCGUAGCGGCGCCUGGUGCAGUGUUGCUGAGGCCAUGGACGACGGCUCGUCAUGCCCGACCGACAGCGCCGGGCUUCUGCCGCUCUUCGUUGGCUCCCCGACGGCUGAGGGUCUCGAAGAGAAGCUGAUGCGAGUGCGCGAGGAGAACCGGCGGCUGGCCGGAACGCUCGGCGCCAUACUCGCCGGUCGCCCUGACCUGCGUGCUCUGGCGAGGGCUCCAGCCUCAGCCGUCGCCACCGCUAGGGCGCCGAGCGGCUCUGCCUCCAAUGCAGUGAGGGAGGAGGCCGCCGGAGUGACGGUGGAGCCGCGGCCCAAGGUCAGGACGGUCUGCGCGCGCGCGGAGCCUGCCGACACCGACGCCAACCUUGGCGUCAAGGACGGGUACCAGUGGAGGAAGUACGGGCAGAAGGUGACGCGCGACAACCCGCACCCCAGAUCCUACUUCCGCUGCGCAUUUGCUCCAUCUUGCCCAGUGAAGAAGAAGGUGCAGAGAGACGCGGAGGACAGGUCAAAGCUGGUGGCGACCUACGAGGGUGAGCACAACCACGCUAAAUACCCGGAGCGAGAAUUCGUCGGCAGCGAGUCCACAGGCCACGCGGGGUCGCGGCCUUGCUCGAUCUCCAUUAACCCGUCCGGCCGGACGAUCAGGCUAGAAGAUAUGACGAAUCAUGGGUCAGGAUCGAGGCUGGACCUGGAGACUAUCCGGAGGGAGGUUGUUACGCCUGAAUUUCAGAAGCUUCUGGUGGAGAAGAUGGUGAAUUCGCUCAAGAAUGAUGCAGAUUUCAUGCAUGCUCUAACAAAUGCGGUGGCUGAAAGAAUACUGGAAAAUAUUCCUGCCCGGCUAAGUCGGUGCGAGCUAACAAUGUUGCAACAGCUAUGUCGGUGCGAGCGAGGACUUGCCAGAACCUCGCCUGAGUUGAAAAUGCAUCUGUACGCCGCAAAGAUUACACUCCCGUCAUGCCGGCGCAAAACCAUACCGGCCGCAGCCGAGCCGUCUUCAGGGGAGAAGGAUCCAUCGACGGACAGUGCUGCCUGA